AUCUUUGAUGAGUUGCAAAAAACAAGGCCUAUUCCCACGUAUUCUAAUGCUGCAAGGAGAAUUAAUGGUGUCGAAAAUGAACCAAGUAUCCUUGACACCCUCGAUCUUUUAUCAACUAUAAUUAAAACAUUAACUACAUCAGAUUCAACACGGAAAUUGAAUUUAUAUUCUAAGCAAUUUAUUUCAAAGAUUUUUUAUGAUAAUGCGAGUAAGGCCUUUUUUGAUAAGCUUGAGUACAAAUUAGAAGAUGAUCAAUAUCUUUCGCCACCACAACUUACGGAAGAUUAUAUUAUAAAAUUAAAACAUGUGUCAGAAGAAAUAGAUAUGAGGAUCAUGGAUAUAUCUGAGAAUGAGCAGCGACACCGCACCAGUUCCAGUUCACCGUUUAAUCCCACAGCUGCGACCCGUUCAUCGUCUUCUAGCUGCACGAUGUUAGGGUGUGUGUCAGACAUGGACGAUAAAAUUCUAGAAUGGGCUUAUACAAAGGCCAUUGAAGAAUCACCAGAGAAAAUUCCAGAAUAUUUACAAGCAAUAUUUGAAGUUUCAAAAGAAAGAAAUAGUGAAUUACUUGGAAGUCUGGUUGCGAUGCAAAGAUCAAUAGUUGUUAGUCUUUUACGUGAUCUUUUUAAAGAACUGAUGCAUACGCCACAGAGAUCUAUUACUCCAGAUUUUGAUCUUGCAUAUUUGGCACUUGUCAAUGCCAAAAAUGACGAUGAAUAUAAGGAAACGACAAAAUCUCCUAUGGAUACUUCUACGAACUCUGAUAUGGUCAUGGACGAUUCAAGUCCAGGUCCUUCUGCACCGACAACUGCAUCUGCAGUAAAUUAUUUAGAGAUGACUGAUUCUAGCUUGAGUCCUGCUGCCGAAGAAGAGGUAUUAAUGUCUGGCGUAUCACCCAACUGUGCAGAUCAAGACACAUUGUUACGAUCAACUAAUGGUCCUUGUCAAACGGAAAACGAAACUAGUAAUUCGCAUUCAUUAAAGGGAAAGGAAAAGGAAGAUAAUUUUUCAACUACAAAACCAUAUGGCCCUGAAUUGCCCGAUGAUCAACUUACAGCUACUAAAGAAGAUAAAUUAAAGACUGCGUCUUCAAUGUUAUUUGGAAAGCAGCAAGAUGUAACGGUCGUCGUUGCUGAAGGUCGUGAUUUGUAUGAUGGGCUUGAUGUCUGCUUUGAUACAUCAACGGUAGAAUUUGAUGGCACUCAAGCACAACGAGAUGUUACUCUCACAAGGAUACCACCAAUAUUACAAAUACAAGUGCAACGGGUUCAAUUUGAUAGAUCCACAUCAAAUGUUUAUAAAUCAAACGCCUACCUUCGUUUAGAAGAAGUUAUAUAUCUUGACAGGUAUUUGGAUAAGCAUCAUGAAAACUUGCGGGAAAGGCGCAGGCGUGCUCACGAAAUGAAACAAGAGAUUGAAUCAUUACAAACAGAACUUAAUGAUUUAACACGGGAUAAAACAACGUUUUUACCCACCGUUGAUUUACUUAAAUUCACCAGCGAAUUUGUUCGAUCAAUCAAAGAUGAUGAUGAUUCCGAUUUUAUUUUCGAUGAAAAUUUCGAUUGGAGAUUGACAGAUAUAGAACUAGAAAAACAACGUGUUAACGAAAGAAUUGACGGUAAUUUUUAUACAUAA